CCAGAUUCAAAGUUGGCGCGGCGACGCAAGGCGAUCGUCUCUUCUUUCUCGAGCCACAACACGCCUCGCUCUCUUCCCCGUGUGGCGCUGCGAGGACACUCAAGAUGCCACAGUUUUGCAACGGCAAAAUCACCAAGCAGUCGGCUGAUCAGCCCGAUGAGUUCGAAACCUCCAUCGGGCAGACUCUGCUCGACCUGGAGAUGAACUCUGAGCUGAAGGCUCAACUCCGUGAACUUACCAUUACCGGCGCCACACAAAUUGAUGUUGGUGACAAAAAGUGCAUUGCUAUCUUUGUGCCAGUUCCCCUGUUGAAGGCAUUCCAGCGAGUUCAGCAGCGUCUUGUACGUGAGCUGGAAAAGAAAUUCAGUGGAAAGCAUGUUGUUGUUAUUGCCCAACGCCGUGUUGUGGCCAAGCCCUCACGUAAGAUGAAGAACCCUCCCAAGCAGAAGAGGCCCAGGAGCCGUACUCUUACUGCUGUCCAUGAAGCUAUUUUGGAGGAUCUGGUCUACCCCGCUGAGAUUGUAGGCAAGAGGAUUCGUAUCCGUCUCGAUGGAACCCGUCUCAUCAAGGUCCAUCUUGAUAAGGCCCAGCAAACUAACAUUGAACAUAAGGUUGAAACAUUUGCUGCUGUCUACAAGAAAUUGACUGGCAAGGUGGUGACCUUUGAGUUCCGUGAAGCCUAUUUGUAAAUGCAGUGAAUAAAGAAAAAAAAAAAA